AUGAAGUUUGAUCGGCCUCACCUUCAUGUGGCUCAGUCGAGAUCUGCUUUUGCAGAGGGCAAUUCUCGGUGGACAAACCUCGACCUCGACCCGGUGCCCCUGCAUCGCCGCAAAUGGGGCCCUCUCAGUUUCAUCUCUUACUGGAUUUCUGAUGCUUUCAAUGCAGCCACAUGGCAGUUUGCUAGUAGCAUCAUUGCUGUCGGCCUCAGCUGGCGGGAGUCGCUGGCCAUUGUCGCCAUAUCGUUCUUCAUUAUGUCAUUUGUCAUUGCCGGAAAUGGAGCAGUGGGUGCGAUCUAUCAUGUUCCCUUCCCAGUGAUCGCGCGAGCCAGCUGGGGCUUCUGGGGAUCAUAUGUCGCUAUUAUCUCCCGAGUCAUCCUGGCGCUCUUCUGGUUCGCCAUCCAGAACGUCAACGGGGGUAAUGCAGUGCGGGUCAUGAUUGGCGCCAUCUGGCCCAGUUUCUUGAGACUGAAGAACGACAUCCCCGAAGAUCAGGGCAUCACGACGAACGGCAUGGUGAGCUACUUUAUCUUCUGGCUCAUUCAGCUGCCGUUUCUCUGCAUCCAUCCGAACAAAGUGCGAUGGUUGUUCGUGGCCAAGUCGAUCAUUGUUCCGAUCGCCUGGAUUGCGAUCCUGAUCUGGGCGUUUGUCGCCGAGGGUGGAGGGGACAUGUUUGCACAGAAGCCGACGGUCUCUGGUUCGCAGUACAGCUGGGUAUUCUUGUCAAGCAUGACCGCAGUUCUUGGGAAUUACGCCACCCUGAGCGUUAAUCAGCAGUCUGAUUUCUCUCGAUACUCGCGUGUCACCCCCAAAUGGCAGCUGCUGUACGUGCCAAUGCUGCCGAUCAUCUUUACCUUCAUCUCCUUCGUUGGCAUUGCCGCUUCAUCGGCGGGUCAGGCCCGUUAUGGUGGCACAAUCCCGUGGGAUCCGAUCGAGUUGAUCAGCCACUGGUCCAGCCGAGCGUGUCGGUUUUUCGCAGCAUUCUCGUUUCUGCUGGCUUCCUUGGGCGUCAACAUCUCUGCCAACUCCAUCUCCGCGGCGAAUGACCUGAUGGCCCUGUUUCCGGAGCAUGUCAACCUCAGGCGGGGCCAGAUCAUCUGUGGGUUGCUGUCCUGGGCGCUGGUGCCGUGGAAGAUCCUCGAGUCGGCGGGCAACUUUAUGAACUUCAUGUCGGCAUAUGCGAUCUUCCUGGGGCCGAUUGCAGCGAUCAUGCUGUGGGACUUCUGGGUGCUGAAACGCGGCAAGUACGACACUCUGGCAUUAUACCAGCCACACAACCCGAUCUACCGGUACACAGGGGGAGUCAAUUGGCGCGCGAUUGUUGGGUUUCUGGUGGGGGUGGUCCCGAGUCUUCCGGGGUUAAUCAGUUCUGUGAACAGUAGCAUCUCGGUCGGGGUAGGGGUCCAUCCGUAUCAGUUCGGAUGGCUGCUGGGGUUUGUGGCCACCAGCAUUGUGUACGUGGGGCUGUCCUUCUGGUUCCCGGCGCGCGAGUCUCUGAUUGAUAGGGCUGUGAUGGCGGAAGAGAUCUACGAGGCGCGGGAACCCGUGGAGGGAGUAUCGGCUGGCUCGGACGAGGCGUUGCACGAACAAGAGAAGAUGAAAGUGUAG